ACGAGAACGGCUACAGCGGACUUCGUUACAUCAAGAGGCAUACGGAGUGGACGAGCUGCGAACUCGAGGACGGUCUCCUAGUCCUGUCGUCAGCGCUUCGCCCGCGAAAGAAACGCCGUCUUUUCGCCCCUGCGAAACCAGCCCUUGCGUUUAUGCGCCUCGUCCCCGCCGGGAGCAGACUGGUCCGCCGGUGUUCCACAUGCCGAGGUUUUCGGUUACCUUUGGCAGGCGGAAGUCGACCGCUGACAGCUUGGAGCAUGCCGCCGCGACGGGCUCGUCUUUCCGCGUCCUGGAGCGCUCCGAGGUGAUCGGGAGCAAGCCGUUCGAUGGCGGCGCGAAAUUGACGGCAGCGACCCAUUCUCUACACAAGUCGACCGGCUCCGACGUGACAGUUGAUGACAACAUCUUUGCUGACCUUAAGUCUAAUCGCGGGAGCGGCUCUUCGAACACGACCACGACCAAGACGGAUAAUUCGUCCCACCACAGCUAUGCGUCGACUGCUCCGUCCUCUGCCGACACGGGCGGAGUCGACGAAUGGCGCGGCGCGCAGAGGAAGCCGUCAUCGGACAUUCCGGUGCCCCCCAUUCCGAAAUCUUCGUCGGCCGGUUUCCUGAGAUCUGCCGGGCGUACGUUCUCGUUUGGUGGCCAAAAGAAGCAUUUGCCUUCGGCUCCCACAAUAGCCGAGUCACCACCGCCGACACCGCCCGUCACAGGGGUGCAGACCCCUGCUGGUGGACGGCCCAGAGCACCUACCUCCUCAACCUCGACCACAGUAACGCCUCCCAGGGUUGACAGCGACUUCGACUUGGAUUUGGGCGGAGAUUUUGGCAAGAUGCUACUUGGAAACGACAAGCGGGCGAGCGUGGCAACCUUGAGAAACGAUCAUUACAACGGGCAGGUUCCGGCCCCGCGCUCUCUUACCGGAGCGCGACCCAUCCAGCCAGCUCCGAUUCAAACCGACGAGACCGCGAAGGUUGAGCCUCGUCCGCACUCGUGGGGCAGUCAGCAUUCCAACGACCAGCUUAUCGCAUCAACCAGCCCCUCGCUUUCGCCUACCGUUACGGAAACCGCGUCUCCGCCUGCUCCGCGUCCCGCGCUGCCUCUAGACGACGAACAACAGAGGCCCGGAACAUCGCCGGAAGUGGGAUCAAGGAGGCCCUUGCUCGCACCCCCGAGAGGAAAUAGUGAACAAGAGGACGGAGAGGACGAGGAGGCGAGACUGCUCAAGGACUCUUUGUCCACCGUGACCAGGUUUAUGAACGGUGUCGACGCCCCUACGUCGGCGAGCUCUCCGUCGGUUUCCAGAUACCGGAGGAAUGCGAACGGCGCGGACGGGGACGAUGACAGCCUCUUCGACUCCAGUCGCGUGUCCUCGGCCAAGUAUACUUCGCACUCCGCCGUUCGACAGCACAGCGGCCCUCCCAGCGCCCACAAGGUCAUGACCCCUGCCGAAUUCGAGCAGUACCGGAAGGACAAGGAGCGUCAAGACCGAGAGCGCGAGAUCACUAUGCCUGGUCGCAGGACGAAUGGAGAGGAGGACGAGGACGACAACUAUGAGGACGACGAGGAUGAUACCGAGAGAGCCAGGCAACAGGCUAAGCAAAGACGCAAGCAAGAGGCCCACAUGGCUGUGUACCGGCAACAGAUGAUGAAGGUUACCGGGGAAUCCGGCAGCGCACCGUCGUCCAGACCGAGUCUGCAGAUCUCCCUUAGCACCCCGAACCUGCCAAAUGUCGCCCAUACUGAGGGGACAGCCAACACGUCGGAGAAUUCCGAUGAAGAUGAGGAUAUCCCGUUGGCUAUUCUCGCGGCUCACGGCUUCCCGAACAAGACCCGCCCGCCGAACCGUUUAAGCACGAUGGGGUCGAACCCUAACUUACGCGCCUCGCAGCAACCGAGCUAUCAGCGGCCAGGCUCGAUGAUGGGAGAUGUGAGUAACGCGCGACUUCCUGCCUUCGCGAGGAACCUCCCUAAAGACCCGUUCCUCGGUGCCGGGCUCGUCCGCAACCCCGUCCGAGAGAGCUUCUCCCUUGGCGGCGGCGCCCCCGCUCCCGCGCAAUCUCCCUCGCCGGUCCCACCAGGCGGCCUGAUCGGUGUCAUCGCCCACGAGGAGCGUAACCGCGCCAUGAGGAGAGGCAGCCCGCACCUGGAAGGCCCGAGCUCGUUGCCCGGAACGCCUCCAUUCGAUUCGGUCGCAGGAAUUCCUUCGCAUUUGAUGUACCAAGCCCAACCGUCCCAGCCGGCGUUGUCGCCUGGUGACCAAGCGCAGAUCCAGAUGACGCAGCAGAUGCAGCAGUUCAUGCAGAUGCAGAUGCAGUUCAUGCACAUGAUGGCGGGUCAGAAAGGUAAUCCUUCGGCCAUGGCUGGCGGGCUGGCUCCGGGGGCGGGUAUGCCCGGUCUAAGGGGCUCUGAGGUGCGGCACUCCUUUCUUGGCAACGAUUCCGUGCUCGAUCUGCCGUACGGCCGGGGCGAGACGCAGAUGCGCACCAUGAGCAUGGUCCAGCCUAGCUCGGCGUCUUGGAUCCAGCCGGCGCAACCGGCCGGAUUCGCACCUUCGCUUCGCAACCAUGGCGGCGGUUAUGCCCCGUCCAUUGCGCCGUCGGAGCGGAGCAACAUUGGUCUCCCGGGCCGCUACCGUCCCGUGUCGCACGCGCCGCCACCGAUUCCCGCCGGUCCGGGACAUUUGCGAACAUCGUCGACCAUGUCUGGAGCAAUCCAGCAGCCCAGCAUCUCGGUGACGACGUCCGGCGGCGCCUCGGACGAGGAUGACGAAGAAGGGUGGGCGGCUAUGAGGGCAAAACGCGAGAAGAAGAAGUCGCUGUGGAGAGCGAAGAAGUCGAUCGGCGACGACAUUGGCGCCCUCAUCAACUGAUAACAUCGUCAAGUCGCGAAAUGUAGAACGCAGAGUUGGAGUUGGGCGACAGAACCGAACGGACUUGGGUAAUGCCAUUUUUUGGAUUCAAGCCGGUGGCGUUGCCGUCGGGCUGUGUAUGUUCCUUGAGCUUG